AUGCCCCACACGCGUGUAGAAAACUACUCUUGUCUCAACGUGCCGAACAUGGCGGACACCAGAACCACCGCUCUCAUGGCGGAGCCCACGCUGAACGAGGCAGUGGCAGCCGUUUUCACUGAAGAGGAGCACGCAGCACUAAAGACCAAUCUACGCUCAGAGCAGAUAGCACAGGCCAAGUAUCUGCGCGAUCACCCAGAGAUCCACGAAGCCGUGCAGGAAGCGUUAGCAAGGGUGCUGCAAGCCCAGCCGGAGGACCCGGUGGCCUUUCUCACCCAAUACUUCAUGAGUGAGGAGUUCCUGCACCAGCGGCCCCAGUGA